GGUCACUGGCACGACAUUCAAGAUGGCGACUCCCUUGUGUCAGUGUUAUCAGAUAUGUGUAAGAAGAGGUUUGGUGGCUUUUCCUUCUUCUUACCUGCUGCUUCCCAACAGACCCAACAUCUACAGGAUACAUGGGUCCCUCAGAAGAUCUCCACAGGUGCCUCAGUCUCCCCUCCUACAGGUGAGGUAUUUGUCGGGGGAGAGGGGCGGCGGCGGCAGAAAAGGCUUCUUGGGGGAGUUUUUGGACAACAUUAAGCAGGAGCUGAACAAGAACAAAGAAAUGAAAGAAAACAUCAAGAAGUUCAGAGAAGAGGCCAAAAAGCUUGAGGAGUCAGAUGCACUGAGACAAGCUCGACGGAAAUACAAAAAUAUAGAAUCUGAAACUGUGAAGACCUCAGAAGUUCUCAGGAAGAAGUUGGGCAACAUCUCAGAGACGGUUAAAGAGGGACUAGAGGAAGUCACUCGUACAGAAAUUGGCAAGAAAAUCAAGGAGGGAAUGGAGGAAGCAGCCAAAACAGCCAAGAGCUCUGCAGAAAACGUCUCUAAGAGCGGAGAGAUGUUGGGGAAGAGCGGCGCGUUCAGGGCGAUAUCUCAGGGUAUGGAGAGUGUGAAGAAAGAGAUCGGAGAUCUGGGCCACACCGGUCCAUAUCGGCCUCCUGCCAGACUCCGGAAGAGGACCGAGUUCUCCUCUAAAGGAUCAGGAGAUGACAGCAAAGUCUACGAAGCCAACGAGGAGGCGAUGGGCGUGGUGCUCCACAAGGACUCCAAAUGGUACCAGCAGUGGAAGGACUUCAAAGACAACAACGUGGUCUUCAACAGGUUCUUUGAGAUGAAGAUGAAGUACGACGAGAGCGACAACGCCUUCAUCAGAGCGUCCCGCGCUGUCACCGACAAGAUGACCGACCUAAUAGGUGGGCUGUUUUCAAAGACGGAGAUGUCCGAGGUCUUAACAGAGAUUUUGAAGGCGGAUCCCUCCUUUGACAAAGACUCCUUUCUCAAGCAGUGUGAACACGAUAUCAUCCCCAAUAUACUGGAGGCGAUGAUCAGAGGAGAGCUGGAGAUCCUGAAGGACUGGUGUUACGAAGCGACGUACAGCCAACUCGCACAUCCAAUCCAGCAAGCCAAGGCCAUGGGGCUUCAGUUCCACUCCAAGAUCCUGGACAUUGACAAUAUCGACCUGGCCAUGGGGAAGAUGAUGGACCAGGGACCGGUGUUGAUUAUCACGUUCCAAGCUCAGUUAGUCAUGGUGAUCCGGAACACCAAAGGAGACGUGGUGGAGGGAGACCCUGACAAAGUGCUCAGGAUGAUGUACGUUUGGGCUCUGUGUCGAGACCAGGAGGAGCUGAACCCGUACGCCGCCUGGAGACUGCUGGACAUCUCCGCCUCGAGCACCGAACAGAUCCUCUGAGACUCUCUGAUGCGCACAACACACCCGGGGGAGAGGCCACGCUGCACCCGAGCAGGCCCUGGACCUGGAUUCUGGUGGCGGUGGGGGGGAGGGGAGGAAGACAUGUGGAGAUGGACACAGGAGGCUCACUUCACUACAGGAGCAUGGUGGUGUAGUGCUGCUAGACGCUAGGUGCUUCACUCUAUUUUUUUUUUUACUACACUUGCUUUGAGUUCACUCACUUUGGGUUUCUUUGACGGCUUAUUCCUGACCAUUCCUCCGGCUCACACUAGGGGGCAGUAGAGCACCAAUCACACUCACCCAAAGCACUUCCUGCGGCGGCCUGCGUGGAUCUGUUUGCUGCAGGGGGGGCCGCCGUCUUUAAAGGGGAAAUAAAGUUAUUCAACGUCACUAUUUUACUAUGAAUUUGAGAACCUGUGACGUAGUUUUUUUAACUGAAAUCCUGAACUAGUUUCCCCAGAACGCCGCCUGUCUCCGUCUAACGAGUCCGCCUCUCUUCCUCUCUGUGUUUUUCUUAGCGGUCGGUGCCAAUCAGCGCUCUGCCAUCCUCAGCAUCAAGGAUCACGGUCCUUGCUUGUAUGAUAAUCGUUUGAUGUAAUUGUUAAACUGUGAGAAAGCCUAUAUUUAUUAUGAAGAAUAAAGAUGAACCCUGUUUUCACAUUUGAAAAAGA